GCCCUGCGCCUGGGAGCGCGGAGAUGCUCCUUCUCUUUGCUAUGAAUUCAACCUCACUCCUAAAGGACAGCCAUGGUGUAAAAUUCAAGGCCAGUUUAAUGGAAACACAUUUCUUAAUGAUACCUGUGGUAGCGAGAAGUUCGAACUCAUCAGUAUUCAGGAGAUGAAGGUGAAUGAAAGACAGGCCUGGAAUGAACAGACAGACACUCUGAAAUAUAUCGUGGAAGAAUUCAAAAAGAUCCUGCUUGACAUUAAACCAGGGAUGAGUACAGCUAUCGGGACAGGUCCUCUCUCCCUACAGGUCAUCAUGAUGUGUAAGCAGGAAUCCAGUGGACACAAGAGUGCAUUCUGGGAGUUUCGAUUGGAUGGACAGAAAUUUCUCCUCUUUGACGCCAUGACGGAAAGCUGGAUAUGGGAGCAUCCCCAAAGCGGCCCAUUAAGAAAGGCACUGGAUGGUGACAGAAAGCUCCUUGUUACGAUCUCACUUGGAGACUGUGUGAACUGGAUUCAACAAGUUUCAGGAACCCAGGGUGAAGUUCUGGACACAAAAGCUGCACCAAUCACAGUUCCCGCUGCAGCCACAACCACACCUACCAUAGCCACAGCUUCACCAACCAAGACCACAGACCGGUUGGAGACCUGGGCCAUCAUUGUCAUCGUAUCUGUAAUUGUCACCGUCCUGAUUAUCGUUUGCAUCAUCGGGUACCGUUACAGAAAAAGUUGGCAGAAGAUGCUCAAAUGCUGCUGGGAGUGUGGUCUAAUUCAAAACGUGUCUCCGCUGGUUGGCUGUCCUUCCACCUCCAGCUGUUCACCUGUUGACCUCCAGGAGCUGCAGUCCUUCCAGCAAAUGCAGAGACUUGCAGAAGGUCGUGAGGAUACAGCAGAUGCAAUGCUCAUGUCCUUUAGUCCAUGAGAUGUUUGGCACCUCUGCACGUUUUUCAACAUUUGGCUCCAUUUUCUCUUGGUGCCAAUUGUUAUAAUUCUUGCAUUUAGUUCUCCAGCUGCUUGAAGAAGAAAUCUAACCAGAGAGAACAUUUCCAGUCUCUCCUUUGGUUGUGGAAGAUGAGGUAGAUCUCUACCUCAGGAUCUUGUUGUAGCAAAUGAACAAGAUGCCCUGUGAGACUGCAAGGCCUCAGGGUUUCCUUCUCUGUCCUGGUCAAACCUCACCAUCUUUUAUUUUUAUUUUAUUUAUUAUUUGAUUAAU